AUGUCGAGGAUAUGUCUGCCGAUUAAAGAAAUUACAGAUGCCACCAAAAACUGGACUGCGCUUAUCCAGGUUGUUGAGAGGCCACCCGUUCACGAGAGCAAAAAUGAUUCAACAAUGCAUUAUCGCAGAUACUUAUUUACAGAUGAAGAGGGCACGAAAGUUGCUGCAGUUGUUUACAACGCUGUUAUUCAGGAAUUUAAGCCACCGUUGCUGAUGCCAUACAAAAGAUUUUAUGUUUCUGGAGCAAGAGUACGCCCAGAGAUACCACUGUAUCAGGUUGGUGAUUACAAGUACAAGUGGAAUCUGGUUAAAGGUACCAAUGUAGAAGAAUAUGAAGAACCCCUGCCUCCACAACUUCCGUGCUCAAUUGAAAUUCAUCCAUUUGCAAAUUUGCAUAAAUAUGCAGAUACGGAGAAUCCCAGAAGCUUGCUUGCAGUUGUUGUUCAUGCUUUUCCAAUAAAGACUGUUGGUUCUAACACAACACGCGAACUGAUCGUUAUCAACGAAGAAAUGAAACCAAUGCUUUUUACACUAUGGAAUCAGUUCAACAAGGAUGAAGGUGAAACGCUGGCUAACACAAUUGCAUCAGCUAACAUUGUCCUCGCCAUGAGAAGCAAAGUCAGCACAUUUCAUGGAUUGUCGUUGUCGACUAAAGUUGGGACUUGCUUGAUGGUCAAUCCACCUAUACCUGCCGCAGCCGAUCUCAAACAGUGGUAUAUUCAGAACAAAGACAGCGUUGCAAAACUUAUCGAUGAAGGAGCAUAUAAGAACACAGACAAAUUAUACCCGUGGCCUGAAAGCACUGAUAUAAUUACUGUGCAAAACGCAUUGACCUCCAUCAAAUAUAGCAAGACUUGUUGGGUCACCGGAAAAAUCAAGCUUGCAGGCGACAACAAAUCUUUAUGGGCAGCCACGUGCAGCAACUGCCACAAGAAUUAUAAUAUGCCACCAAACACGACAAUGAAAUGUCGAAGCUGCCAGGCAAAUACUUACGUUGAAGCAAGGUGUCGGAUUCCAAUGGCAAUUAAAGAUGCAACAGGAACUAUAUAUGCAAUGAUCUACGGGACUGAUGCAGAGAGAAUUAUCCCAUUCAGCGGGCAUGAUUUGUAUGAAGCAGAGAAAAAUGGCCAAGACUUAAAAGGUGAAAUUGAAGCAUUGAUAGAAAACCUCAGUGUUGUCUGUUUCAUUAAGUAUACCGAGUCUGCUUAUCAUACAAUUCUAAAGCUCUAUACCACUGACGACAUGAGCACCGAGAAGAAUAUGCUUGAAGAACAACCCUCCAAAAAAACCGCAGCCAGUUCAUCAUCAGCUCAGGUUGUGGAAAAACAACUCUUCACCCCAACACUCAAAAAUGUGCUUCAGUCCGUUGCCAUGAAAAUUGAGAAAGAUCCAAACAUAGGAAGUUCAGAACCACCGGUUAAAAAACGCAUCAACUUUGAAAGCCAACCAACGGCCUCCUCCUCAAUCACAACUGCCACACCACCAAAACAAGCUUCACCAAAACCAAGUCAGAUCAAUCUUCAACCACAUACAGAUCCACCUGCCAGCCCUUCAAAGAAAAGUCGACCCAAGAUGGAUUGA